ACAAACCCUACUCCCAUCAAAAUGUCUAACCCCCGUGUUUUCUUCGACGUCAGCAUUGGCGGCGACCCCGCUGGCAGGAUCGUCAUGGAGCUCUACGCAGACAAGGUUCCCAAGACUGCUGAGAACUUCCGCGCCCUCUGCACCGGUGAGAAGGGUACCGGCAAGUCUGGAAAGCCCCUCCACUACGAGGGCUCCGUCUUCCACCGCGUCAUUCCCCAGUUCAUGCUUCAGGGCGGUGACUUCACCCGCGGCAACGGCACCGGUGGUGAGAGCAUCUACGGCGAGAAGUUUGAGGACGAGAACUUCAAGCUAAGUCACACUGGACCCGGUGUUCUCUCCAUGGCCAACGCUGGACCUGGUACCAACGGCAGUCAGUUCUUCAUCUGCACUGUCAAGACCUCAUGGUUGGACGGCAAGCACGUCGUUUUCGGCCAGGUUGUCGAGGGUAUGGACGUUGUUCAGGCUGUUGAGAAGGUUGGCUCUCAAACUGGCAAGACCAGCAAGGUGGUCAAGAUUGAGAAGUCUGGCCAGCUGUAAAUGCUUGGCCUAGCUGCCAAGUCCAACUUUGAGUGAUGCGGGCGGAUCGACGAUAACGACAAUUGACGAUAUCAACAAGUCAAUGAGCGGCACUGGUCAGUCGUAGUACCAAGCUGGGAAAUGAUAUAGACUCUUGCGCGCAAUGUUUCUC